AUGGCCUCUUCAAGUGGCAUAACUCUGUCGUCAUCGCCGUCAGCUCCGAAGGCCGCUAUAACGAUACCGAAUGGUAGGCGAACAUCUCUUUUGCAAUCUUCUUCAUUGGCUACUCGCAGGAGUUCCAUGGCUAGAUCUGCUCAAAUGACGGGGAGAUCUGGUAAAAGUUACGAUCCGCAUGUCUUGGUUGACAUGGAAUCUCCAAAUUUCAAGACGCAGCAUCCGGAGGAUCAUAACGAAAUCAUCAACAGUCUGAGAAGGACGUACUUCCUCGACGGCUACAGAAGGGAGAGCGAGUCCCUACUCGACGGCCAAGAUGAUGCAGUGAUUGGGAGUGCUACGACGGAUAACAGUACGGGAGAGACUGCGGCGACGGCCACUGAAGCACCGACGCCUACUAUUGCCCGUGCCGGCGGCGAUAUCACCAGAGAUAUCUACAAACUCGCGACUGGCAACGACGAACUGGCGGGGAAGACUGCGAAGUCAAUGGAAGAUGUUACUCUGGCAAUAGAAAACCGAAGACGCAAGUCUACUGCAAGUGGUCUAAACGUACCGGGAGGAUUUAGAAGAGAAUUUAUUGUUAAUAAAGUGAGACAAAUGCAGCAGCAACCGACUGAUUACGGUGCCACUCCACUGAAUUCACCUCCUGGCUCAGCUCUUGCCGAUCCAUCAAUGCAAGGUCGGGAGAUGGACAAGAUACCUUUCCUGACUAGAAAUUUCUUGGAGUUCCUUUAUAUCUACGGUCACUUUGCGGGUGAGUCUUUUGAAGAUGAUUUUCUAUCAGAUGGGGGCUUACCGACUAUUGGCACCGGCGAAAGAUCAGCUCUUAUAUUGGAGGAAGGUAGACGGGUUUCUCUAGGGACAUCCCUGCAGUCCGUGAAGGGCAAUACUCCAACCGUGACGGCCUUUUUCCUGCUUCUGAAAUCAUUCAUUGGUACCGGUGUUCUUUUCCUUCCAGGUGCAUUUGCCAAUGGUGGCCUUAUAUUUUCCAUCAUAAUGUUAUUAUUUUUUGGUGUCUAUUCCUAUUGGUGCUACUUCAUUUUGAUCAGAGCGAAGCAGAUAACUGGCGUAUCUUCCUUUGGCGAUAUCGGCUUGAAACUUUAUGGCUCGUGGAUGAAAUUCAUCAUUCUGUUCUCCCUUGUGCUCACCCAAAUUGGGUUUUCUGGUGCAUAUGUUAUCUUUACCGCUGAGAAUUUGAGGGCAUUCAUCAAGAACGUGUUUCUCUUGUCUGAUGUUCCCAUCUCGAGCCUCAUGCUCUUGCAGCUGGUUGUUUUCAUCCCACUGUCAUUCAUUAGAAACGUAUCAAAGUUAUCCCUGCCAUCCUUGCUAGCUAACUUCUGCGUUAUGGCUGGUUUAGUCAUCGUAUUGUAUUUCAGCGGCAAGCAUCUUAUCGUGGACCAGCAUAUGAGAGCCGCAGAAGGAGUGAUCAUGGGAUUCAACGCUAACCGCUGGUCAAUGUUCGUCGGCACAGCCAUUUUCGCAUUUGAAGGAAUUGGGUUGAUCAUUCCAGUCCAAGACUCUAUGAAACACCCCGAAAAAUUUCCCCUACUUUUAGCUCUCGUCAUCGGGAGCUCAACCGUUUUAUUCAUCACCAUUGCAUCAGUUGGUUACCUGGCCUACGGUCAGCACAUCAAAACCGUUAUUUUACUGAAUCUCCCUCAACAGAAUAUUUUCGUCAAUUUAAUCCAGUUUUUCUAUUCCCUAGCAAUCAUGCUAUCGACACCAUUGCAGCUAUUCCCAGCUAUCAAAAUUAUCGAAAACAAGGUUUUUCCCAAGUUCACCAAAAUCUACGUCAAGCGGGAUGAUGAAACCACGGGCGUCGAAUGGCGUCCCAUCUCGGGGAAACUAAGCUGGAAGGUCAAAUGGCUCAAGAACUUUGUAAGGGCUAUCAUUGUAGCUCUAGUCAUCCUAAUGGCUUAUUUUGGUGCCGAUAAACUAGACAAGUUUGUUUCGAUCAUCGGCUCUUUUGCAUGUAUCCCAUUGGUCUACAUGUAUCCACCCAUGCUUCAUCUGCAAAGUUAUAGCCGUCCGAAAUCAGCAGGCCAUAAAGUACCCUGGGGUGCCACGAUAGAUUACAUCCUGAUCGUGUUUGGUGGUGUAAGCAUGCUGUACACCUCCUAUCAAAGCCUUUUCGCAAAAUAA